AUGUGCUCCGGUUUCACCUGUUCGAAGAACGCCCUGAUUGCCCUGAACACCCUGUUCUUGGCAUCAGCGAUCGUACUCAUUGUAGUCGGCACGUACGCGAAAGCAGUGAGCAUUGUGCCGAGUAUCACGGUUCCAGCUGGCAUCGUUUCGGUCGGCGUCUUCUUGUUAUUCCUGUCGAUUCUCGGCUACGUUGGGGCCGUCAAACACCAUCAAGUAUGCCUGUUUUUCGUAAGUGGUGACAGUCGCUCUGACGGCACUCAGCAACCCCUUGUCUUCAUUCACUUAUUUCAGUACAUGAUAAUUUUGUUCCUCAUAUUCAUCGUCCAGUUUUUCGUCGCUGUCGCAUGUCUAGCCAUCAGCGACGCGCAGAUUCAUAGUGCCUUGCAGGUCGGUUGGAAACAGUCGUCGAAUGAGACCAGGUGUUCGGCGGAGAAGCAUUUCGCCUGUUGCGGCCUUGACGACAAAUCGCAAAUGAUCGAAUGUGAUGACGUAAUGUUUCGUUGUACAUACGAUGUCCCAUGUUGGCCUAUCAUGGGUAGCCGCCUGUCUGAUGCUUUACAGAUCGCUGGAGGAAUUGGACUCUUUUUCAGUUUUACAGAGGUAUUGAAGUUUCGGCGUUUCUGCUAUCCUGUAAAAACUAUCUAUCCUAAAAAUGACAUUGCCUCCAAAAUUUUACGUUAG